CGAAGCGACCCACAAAUACCAAACCAAUCUCCAGAUCUAGGCCUUCCUUCUCUAUUCUCUUCUCUUCUCUCGGCCAUGGAGUCUCAUCCACGCCGAUCACUCCUCCUCUCCAUCUCUGCCGUCUUUCUACUGCUCAUCCAUGGCGCCAAUUCCUUCUACCUCCCUGGCGUCGCUCCCGAGGACUUCACCAAGGGUGAUGAUCUCAAAGUGAAAGUGAACAAAUUGUCAUCCACAAAGACUCAGCUUCCUUACUCAUAUUACUCUCUCCCUUACUGUAAGCCCGAUAAAAUUCUCGACAGUGCAGAGAAUCUUGGUGAAGUGCUUCGUGGUGAUCGCAUUGAGAACUCACCCUAUGUGUUUAAAAUGCGGGAGCCGCAGAUGUGCAAUAUUGUCUGUCGAUUUACACCUGAUGCUAAAACUGUAAAGCAGUUUAAAGAGAAGAUAGAUGAUGAGUAUCGGGUGAACAUGAUCCUUGAUAAUCUGCCUCUAGUUGUUCCCAUUCAAAGGCCUGAUCAGGAAUCUCCUACCGUUUAUCAGCUUGGCUUUCACAUCGGGCUUAAAGGCCAUUAUGCUGGGAGCAAGGAAGAAAAAUAUUUUAUCCACAACCACUUGGCAUUUACUGUCAAGUUUCACAGAGAUUUGCAAACUGAAACUGCAAGAAUUGUGGGAUUUGAGGUGAAGCCAUUCAGUGUUAAACAUGAAUAUGAAGGGAAGUGGAAUGACGCGAAGACCCGUCUAACUACUUGUGACCCUCAUUCCAAACACACGGUUGUUAAUUCAAACUCUCCUCAAGAAGUUGCUGAGAAACAAGAAAUCAUAUUCACUUAUGAUGUUGAUUUCCAGGAGAGUGACGUAAAGUGGGCUUCUAGAUGGGAUGCUUAUCUGUUAAUGAGUGAUGACCAAAUUCACUGGUUUUCAAUUGUCAACUCAUUGAUGAUUGUCCUCUUUCUUUCGGGGAUGGUAGCUAUGAUAAUGUUAAGAACACUCUACCGUGACAUCUCCAAGUAUAAUGAACUUGAGACCCAGGAAGAAGCACAGGAAGAGACCGGAUGGAAGCUUGUGCAUGGAGAUGUUUUCAGGGCUCCAAGUAAUUCAGAUUUGCUCUGUGUAUAUGUGGGAACUGGGGUUCAAUUCUUUGGGAUGAUACUUGUGACAAUGAUCUUUGCUGUCCUUGGUUUUCUCUCCCCUUCUAACCGAGGUGGUCUUAUGACGGCAAUGCUUUUGCUUUAUGUCUUCAUGGGCCUUUUUGCUGGUUAUGCGUCUGCUCGCUUAUACAAAAUGUUUAAAGGAACAGAAUGGAAGAAAAUCGCUUUCAGGACUGCAGUAUUGUUCCCAGCAGCCGUGUCUGCCAUUUUCAUAGUUCUAAACACACUGGUUUGGGGUCAGAAAUCAUCUGGAGCUGUGCCAUUUGGUACGAUGUUUGCCCUGGUCUUCCUGUGGUUUGGGAUCUCAGUCCCACUUGUAUUUGUUGGGGCCUAUGUUGGGUUCAAGAAGCCAGCACUUGAAGACCCUGUUAAGACAAACAAGAUCCCAAGGCAGAUCCCAGAACAGGCUUGGUACAUGAACCCAGUGUUCUCGAUUCUUAUCGGAGGAAUCCUCCCAUUUGGAGCAGUUUUCAUUGAACUGUUCUUCAUUUUGACUUCAAUAUGGCUGAACCAGUUCUACUACAUCUUUGGUUUCCUCUUCUUGGUCUUCGCCAUCCUCAUUGUCACUUGUGCUGAGAUAACCAUUGUGCUUUGCUACUUCCAGUUGUGCAGUGAGGAUUACUUGUGGUGGUGGAGAUCAUACCUGACAUCAGGUUCAUCAGCCCUGUACCUCUUCCUUUAUGCUACGUUCUACUUCUUCACAAAGCUUGAAAUCUCAAAGUUGGUCUCUGCGAUGUUAUACUUUGGUUACAUGCUUAUUGCUUCUUAUGCAUUCUUUGUGGUGACUGGUACGAUUGGGUUCUAUGCGUGCUUUUGGUUCACGAGACUCAUCUACUCGUCUGUGAAAAUUGACUGAACAAAUGCACUUGGGGCUUUUUGUUGAAGCCCGUGUCCCUGGAAGGUGCAACACAUAUGUUACUAGUGUAAGAUUUUGAAAUUAACUUUGGAUUGUGCUUCCAAAUGUAUCCUAUUAUUGCUCAAUUUUGAACUCGACAAAGCCGUCAAAGGCCAUACUUCUGUUUAGAGUAUAUUUUAAUGUUGUUUAUUUGUCAAGAAUUCAUGUCAGUUGUUAGUA